UUCCGCGUCAAUUAAAUAUUGGUUUUAUUUUUUGUACCAUUGAAACGAAUAGGUGUCAGAAGAUACGAUAUUCGAACUCAGACGCGUAUCUUUGUUGUUCUCAGUCAUACAUUAGGCUCGAAAAGUUUCACAGUAAUGGCGGACAUGUCAUGAAGGUUCCAGGCCAGAGCGGUGGUACAAUGGAAGAUCCUUCGUCACAGAACCAUAACGGGCAAUUAGGUCCUUCUGCUGGUGGAUUUUGCGCAGAAAAUAAACAAAGUGACGAAGGGAACCAAAGAAUUCAGUAUUCAAUACCCGGCAUACUUCAUUUUAUUCAACAUGAAUGGGCUCGCUUCGAGAUGGAACGUUCGCAAUGGGAGGUGGAUCGAGCAGAAUUACAGGCACGGAUAGCAUUUUUACAAGGGGAGCGUAAAGGACAAGAAAAUCUAAAAAAUGAUCUGGUUCGUCGUAUUAAGAUGUUGGAAUAUGUUUUGAAACAAGAAAGAGCAAAAUUUCAUAAAUUGAAGUAUGGCACAGAACUUCAACAAGGCGACAUGAAACCUCCAGUAUUUGAUGAUCCAGGUGUUGCAGAAAUGCCUGUAGAUGGAGAAUUGCCUUACACUUCUGUGAGCAAUAUAAGUUGGCGCCAAGGGCGACAGCUUUUAAGGCAAUAUUUACAGGAAAUUGGCUACACUGACACAAUAAUUGAUGUGCGGUCAAAUAGAGUUCGUUCUCUGCUUGGGCUGAACAAUAAUGCUGAAGCUGAAGAAAACCUUAACAAUUCUCAGCCAGUUUCUACAGCUCUUAAUGGGAAUGAACCAGCCAAAACUCCGAAGAAACCACAGCAACACAGCUCUUUGACAGAAGCAAUGAUGAUGGACACUGAGGCAGCUGUUAUGGCAAACUUUGAAUUUUUAGCCCAAGCAGAUGUAGAUCUUGAUGAUGAUGAAGACAUGAGUGAUGAUCUUGAUGAUCAAGCUGAUGAUGAUCAGGACGAUGUAAAAACAGCUAGACGGAAAGGCAAGGGCAAUGAUGGCCUUGGUGAUGAUGUGGAUGCUGAAGCUCAGGUAGUUCUCAAUGAACUAAUCCUUCUCACUGAAACAGAGGAUAAUACUGAUGGUCGUCAUCAAAGUGACUCUAAUGAAUGGGGAUCAGGUAUGGGGUUUCAGGCAGGAACUAGCCCUCGAAGAGGGUUGAACUUCAUUACUGAUGAGGAAGCCUCAGACUCAACGCUUGGCCUAGGUGAAUUAGCCCAACUAACUGUUAGCAAUGAGGCAGAUCAGUUUGGGCCUUUAUCAUCAACGACCAAGGAGCUUCGGAAGACGUGGCAUGCUAAAUACACUCUUCGCAGUCAUUUUGAUAGUGUGCGUGCUUUAGCAUUUCAUCCUGUAGAGCCUGUGCUGAUAACUGCAAGUGAAGACAAUACUCUGAAAUUGUGGAAUCUUUCCAAAACCGUUCCAUCAAAGAAAUCAACCUCAUUAGAUGUUGAACCAUUGUAUACUUUCCGGUGCCAUACUGGCCCUGUGUUAUGUUUAGCUAUGAGUACUACUGGUGAUCAGUGCUACAGUGGUGGUGUGGAUGGAAAAAUCUUUUGCUGGAAUCUCCCCAAUCCGAAUAUUGACCCUUAUGAUAGUUUUGAUCCUAGUGUUUUAGCUUGCACUUUGGACGACCAUACAGAUGCAAUUUGGGGUCUUAGUAUACAUAAGCAAAGACCACAGCUUUUAUCUUGUUCUGCUGAUGGAACUGUCAAAUUGUGGUCACCUCAAAGCAAGAUACCAUUGCUUUCAACUUAUUCAUCUGAGCAAGAUGGAGUUCCUUCAUCGGUUGACUUUGUUCGAGAUGAACCAAAUCGGAUGGUCACAGCUUUCUCGUCAUCACAUUGUGUUAUUUAUGAUUUAGAAACUGCCAAACCGGUUGUACGGUUGGAGUCCAGUCAGGAGGUGCUGAACAAUGUUGUUGGAAGACAAAUUAACCGAGUAGUAGCUCAUCCCACACUGCCCCUGACAAUAACUGCUCAUGAUGACCGACAUAUUCGAUUUUAUGAUAACACAUCAGGAAAGCUUGUUCAUUCAAUGGUUGCACAUCUUGACUCAGUUACAAGCCUUGCAGUUGACCCUAAUGGUCUCUACCUUCUUUCAGGAAGUCAUGAUUGCAGUAUCAGGCUAUGGAAUGUUGAUAACAAGACUUGUGUACAAGAAAUAACUGCUCACAGGAAGAAGUUCGAUGAGAGCAUUCUUGAUGUAGCUUUCCAUCCAUCUCGACCAUUCAUAGCUAGUGCAGGCUCCGAUGCUCUUGCUAAAGUGUUUACUUGAGCUGGUCUUAGCUUCUAGAAUAAGAAGGUUCGCCUGCACAAAAUGAAUUGUUUGCUGUUUUGUUGUCAAUGGAUUAGGCUUUUAGUCUGCAUCCAUUUGCAUCUAAAACUUUUGUUCAGAUGCGCCAGGACCCCGCCACUCCAAAACUAGUCAAGCUGUGAGGGUGUUAAAUAAUGAGAUGUACCUACAUAAAAAUUUUAAAAAAAGUUCGGAAAGCUGUUUAGAUAUUUUUAAAGUGAAAUAUGUAGUUAUUUUCCUAUUUAGAUGUCCUUGGUGGGAAAACUUUUCAGAGACCACUGAGAUGCCAAGGUACCUAGAUUAUAAUGCCGUGAAUUUCCAGGACUUUGUGCUCAAUACCAAGAAUUCAUCAGGUUAUUUGUCAGUAUCUGCUCUCAGGUCUUUGUUUUGACUUGUGAUGAACUAAGUUUAGUUACAUUAUUACAAUUUUGGGGGUUAUUUGUUGUACAAUAAGGGUCAUAAAUUUGAAAAAUAAUUAAGUCUUCACCUGUUUAUCAUAGGUGUAGGUGUGACUUAACUUCAAUCAAGAGAGAUGAUUUUUGUACUAAUAAAUCAAUUUUUACCUAUUUCAUUUUUAUUUUGCUUUCAUGAACUAUCUCAGUGUGAAAGUCCGAAGUCUGUUUAUACCAUUCAGUUAUGUGCUCCUUGUAGAGAAAAAUCAGAUUAAAUUGCAUAUUUUAAUAUCUUAAGAAAUGUGUGCAAGAACUCUUUCUGGACUGGACCAAGUUCAUUGGUUCAUUUUCUGUGUUCCUCUUUUGCCAUUGGAAGUCACUAAAACUAGGCCACUGACAAUUGUACUUGGCUAGUCAUUUUCUGAUAAUAUCUUAGGUUGAGAUUUUUUCUCCUGUCCCAUUUUGGUUGGUACUUGGUGAUGGGGUGCUAUAUUAUGAGCAUGAUUCUGCAAAGUGGUGGCGGGGUUCAGCAUCUUAGGAUCCCACCUUUUUUCCUUUGCCCCUCUUACUCCCUGUGUUUCAUCCACUCAUUCAUCAUGCAAAAAUUCUACCCGUUGUCCCCCCUAUUCUUUUCCAGUUUUGUGUCUCCCUCAUUUGUAGCCAUCAAUGUAUUUUCUUUCCCUCUAAGGGAUGGUCUUAUACCUCUUGGACUUCAAAAUUAGCCAUGUUCUUGCAAGUUGACCAUUUAUCAUGUACUUGUUGGCAACUCAUAAUUUAUCUCUUAAUUCUCACAGUGUUAGUCGUGAAGUUAGAGUUUUUAAGAAUAUGAGGUACCUUAAGUUAAAAUUUCCUUGAGCUGUCAAAUGAUUGAACCAGCAGGUUUUAAUGAGAAUUUAGGCAAUAACAAACUUAGAAAAUUGAGGCAUUUUCUAUGUUCUUCAUGAUGUGUUGCAUUUAAUGACUGGGUUGUCUUUUUUGUUAAGACUUCUUGACACAUAAUCAUACUUUGAUGACUACCCAGAAUCUUCUUGAAAAUUUCCUGAGAGUUCUACUGAUUUUAUAUCUAAUUAAUUUUCUAGAAACUGCCUUAUUCAGACUUUCCAUUUAGGAGAAUUACCUCUGAACAUUCUCCUUCUGUUUAGAGAAAGCUAUUCUGUAUUUCCUGAUUACGACCUCUUUUAAUCAGAACAGUUAAUUCAAUUUGAGGAAUGGACACACUCUUGUACAGUAGUAUGGUUUUCCAAAGUAGACUAUAGAAAGUGAGCAUGAUCACACAAGUUCAUGCAUGACUUGGUGAACCAUAAAAGAAAUCCAUACAUGUUCGUGUGGGUUGCUGACUGAUGCAAAUCUACUUAUUUAACCAAACCAUGUAAAAAUAAUGUAUCUUUUAUGUAGCAGGCAGUCUGUUGACCAUCACUAUAAUCAUUAUUAGAGAAGACAGCAAGUUGAAAUGGCAGAUUUUCUACCUAACCUUCCUUCUCUAUUCUGACAAUUGUGCCAUACUUCCCCAGAAUGUUAUUUAUGUUAAUUAUGCAUGAUGCACCUCUACAAAUUCUAAAGAGAGGAAGAGAAACUGGUUAUAUUUUGCAUUUUUAGUUGCUAUUUGCUCUAAUAGGGCAUCUGGUUUUCUGAAAUGUUAAUCAUUAGAAGGCACUUUUAUUAAAUAUAGUUUGUAAUUGUAACUUGCUGUCAUAUCACAUAUUAAUGAAUGUAUCUGUGUAUGUCAUUAAUGGGUGUCAUCCUACAAACAACUUGAUAUGAUGUAACAUUUAAGGGAAUAAUAAUGUUUUAGAGUUA